AUGUCGCGCCCGCAGGUCAGUAUCGACCGCCUGACGCCGCGCCGCGCGACGGUUGAACCGCGCGAGGCCAUGAACUGCAAGUCUUGUCGCAAACGAAAGAUCAAAUGCAAUCGUCUCCGUCCCAGUUGCGAAGCCUGUAAGGUCUUCCAAUGUCCCUGCGUUUAUGAUGCGAUUCCCAAAAAGCGCGGCCCGAAAACAGACGUCCUCGAGGCCCUUCUCAAACGUGUCGAUGGUCUGGAAAAAAGACUCCAGGAUGAGAAAAAUCCCAUCUCUCCGACCUCCCCGGAUAAGCAACAACCCGACGAUCUCCCGCUCGGACAGGCGCAGGGCGCCCGUCGCAACACCGUCGAUGCAUCCGCGUUUAACCCGUAUUCUGCGACCGACUCGCGACCGGCGCUGUCUUCUACCUUGUCGCAAAAUUCAGACUCGUUUCCCAGGUUGACGGCACAUGAUCCCUCGCCGGCCUUGCCCCCGCAAUCGGCACCCCAGAAUGGCGCGCUCUCCGAGGUUUUGCUCGAUGCGUAUUUCGCGCGACUACAUGGGAAACCGUUCUUUGUUUUGGAUGAAGCGGGGACUCGACAGCGACAUCAGUUGAAUCAAUUACCGGUACAUUUGGCGAUGGCGAUAUCGGCCAUGACACUAAGGUACACUCAUGUUGGACAACCGGAGCAGUCCUUGCGUAUCGGUCUGGAUGCGGCGUUGCAAGCGCGCCGGAUGAUCGAUGUGGAUAAUCCCACGAUAGACGGGCUACAGUCCUUGCUGUUACUCUCCCAAGCCUUUUUUGCCUACGGAUUGGGCAAGAAGGCUUAUAUGACUUUCUCAAACUGCGCAGCCAUGGCGGUGGCUCUGGACUUGCUGCGUGAAAUGCCAUCUAAAGCCAAUCUCUCCGCGGCUGAGCGUGAGACGCGACGCCGAUUAUUCUGGUCCGUCUACCUGAUGGACCGAUUCAUUACAUGCGGAUCCCGACGGCCAUGUCUCAUCGCCGACCACUCUAUCGUCCUGCGGCUCCCCUCGUGGUCCCCCCAUGCAGCCGGUCUCAACAUGGAAGGCGAGCUGUUCCAUGUUGGUCCCAAUAUCCAAUAUUCGGCUGAUUCCCGCCGAAAAGCACCUAGUGCAGCAUCAUUAUUGAUCGAUAUCACCCGUAUCCUGGGAGUCACCAACCGAUAUCUAGCGGCCGGUGGUGUCAAGGGAGACUCGCACUUCCCAUGGCAUGCACUCUCGAAUCUGUCCAAAAUCCGACAAGAACUGGAUAUUUGGGCGGCAGGGACACAGGAUGUUUUUGCUUCGAUAGAGGCACUAUUUGGGCAUCCGGAGAGCACAACGCUACUUUUGAGUAAACUGAUCUAUCAUCUGGUGCAUUGUCUGAUAUACCGCCCCUUCCUGCCUAUCGAUCUGGUGGAGCUGCGAGGCACAGGCCAGCAUCAAUCCUGGCAGAUCGAGGCAACUAAUCUCUGCUUCUCCCAUUCCAAUGCGAUUGCAGAACUCGUCGAGCUGGGCCGGAAUUCCCCGCUGGUGGAGUGGCCUGCUUUUGUGGGGUAUUGUGUAUGCACGGCGGGUACUGUGCAUGUCCACGGUGUGCACUACAAGGGCCGUGAAGGCGAGGUCUUCUCGUCGAGUGCUGAAUUCCUCACCCGCGAGAUGCACCAGCUGGCCUGGUUGCGGAAUUCCUGGGCUGGUGUCCAGCAUCAGCGGGAAUUGCUUCAAACGAUAUAUACCUGUCAUGCGGAGCUGGUGCGGAAUCUGGCGAGUAGCUCGAUGCGCUUUUCGCCUGUUUUCCAUUUGGAGGAUUUCUUGGACCGAUAUCCCGGUCUGACGGUGGAUGGUGCCCAUGUGCGGUUGGUUGAUACUGGGGAUGAACUGGUCGCAAGUCCUCCCGGCUACGUCGAUCAACAAACCCAAUUCUACCGUCCAAUGGCACCACCCUCCUACCAACAAUCCCACUUCUAUACCAACCUCCGUCCCACACCAUCCCCCCUUCCAUCCUCCCAUACCCCCGACUCCGACCGUCGCAACUCCCACUCCCACUCUCAACACCCAAAACAACAUCAACACCAAUCAACCAACCCCCUCUCCCCAUCCCUCCACUUCCAUCAACACCCUCAACCCUCCCCUUCCCUCUCCUCCAUCUUCCCCAUCCAAUCCGCCUCCGACCACCUCUCCCACUCAACAUCCUUCUCCCCCAGCGCCUUCGGCCUCUCCCCACCCGCUUUCCUAACAGACCCCUCCCUUGCCAUCGGCCCCACACCCCCGUCAAACCCGCAAUACGCCACCUUCCCCUUCGACACAGCGACUACCCAGUCUGCUGCGGCGCUCACUCCUGGCGCGCAGUCGCAGACGAGCGGCUCGCAUACGGCGAGUAGUGAGACGGGGAAUCUAGAGAAAGAUCCGUUUUUGAGUCUGUUGGAGCAGUUGGCGGAGAAUGAGCAUUCGCAGGGGGGUCCGAGUGAAUUGGAUUUCUUUUUGACCGGGGCCGUGGAUGGAGAGGGGGAUGUUGGUGUUAAGGUUGGUGGUGUUGGGGAGGAUGGGAGGAGCGGGACGGAGAUGUAA